CGCAAUGUGCCGCGCAUGCGCCAUAGCGGAUCCUUUUGAUGUCAUCAGUGGGUGAAAAUGGCGGAGGGAGAUCUUAACGUAGACAGCAUAAUUUCUAGGCUGUUAGAAGUGCGGGGAUGUCGUCCAGGCAAGACGGUGCAACUGACGGAGGCUGAAGUGCGGGGGCUGUGUCUAAAGUCCAGAGAGAUCUUCCUCAGCCAGCCCAUUCUGCUAGAGCUCGAGGCUCCACUAAAGAUUUGUGGAGACAUCCAUGGCCAGUAUACAGACCUCCUCCGACUGUUUGAGUAUGGAGGCUUCCCGCCAGAAGCCAACUACCUCUUUCUGGGAGACUACGUGGACCGAGGCAAGCAGUCCCUGGAGACCAUCUGCCUCUUGCUCGCCUACAAGAUCAAGUACCCAGAGAACUUCUUCCUGUUGCGCGGAAACCACGAGUGCGCCUCAAUCAACCGGAUAUACGGCUUCUACGACGAGUGCAAGCGACGGUACAACAUAAAGCUGUGGAAGACGUUCACGGACUGUUUCAACUGCUUACCCAUCGCCGCCAUCAUCGACGAGAAGAUCUUCUGCUGUCACGGAGGGCUCUCGCCCGACCUCCAGUCCAUGGAACAGAUCCGGCGCAUCAUGCGCCCUACAGACGUUCCCGACACAGGUCUCCUCUGCGACCUCUUGUGGUCGGAUCCCGACAAGGACGUCCAGGGCUGGGGGGAGAACGACCGCGGAGUCUCGUUCACGUUUGGUGCCGACGUGGUGAGCAAGUUCCUCAACAGGCAUGACUUGGAUUUAAUAUGCAGAGCGCAUCAGGUAGUCGAAGACGGGUACGAAUUCUUUGCCAAGCGUCAGCUGGUGACGCUGUUUUCGGCUCCCAACUACUGCGGAGAGUUUGACAAUGCUGGCGGAAUGAUGUCGGUGGACGAAACACUCAUGUGCAGCUUCCAGAUCUUGAAGCCCUCGGAAAAGAAGGCCAAGUACCAGUACGGCGGACUCAACUCCGGCCGGCCUGUUACUCCGCCUCGCGGUCCGGUCAAGAAGAAGUAACGCUCCCCCCCUUUUCUCCGCCCAUUUCUCUCUCUCUCUCCUUCUCCCUGCCAGUUUGUUAUAAAUAUAUAUAUAUAUAUAUUUCUUAAUUUCCCUCCCCUCUCCCAAUGCGCUGCACUAUGUGCUCUCACUCCUCACCCAUUUCUCCCCCGCUAGAACGUUCGUGCCGAUUUCCUUCUCUCUGCGUGAGAGGAGGAAGCCGCAAGAGAGAGAGAUUUUCCCUCUUUUUUGUUGCACCAUUCUUUUUUUUUUUUUUGACACCACUUUCUUAUCUCCUCCAAGCAUCAUCCUCCUUCUCCUCCUUUUCCUCCUGUUUGUUUUUUUGGACCUUAGGACUCUUGCCAUUGUUGGACUUGUGGUCGGUUUCGUCUGUUGUGUUUUGUUUUCAUGUUCCUGCUGCUGCAGAAAAGAGAAAGAGCGUCCGCAUUCAGGUGUUUAAUGUAUUCGUGCUCGCAACAUUGAUCUUCCUUAUUUUAAUUUUUUUUUUUUCGCGUCUCCCUCUCUCUCUCUCGCUCCACUUUCGUGUCUUGGGAGGUGUCAGUUCUUCGACAUUUUAUUUUACGAGCAAAAGAACGCGGAAGAGGGACACUCGACGGCGGGUCUUCCGCUAAUUAUUGUUUUGCACACCAGAAACUUCCCUUUCGAAAUGGAGAGAGAGAGAAGGGGGGGGGGGGACAGAACGCAGCAGACGACACGGAGGAGGAGCUGUGUCGUCUGCCGCGUUUUGUGCUCUCCCCCUUUCGGAACGUGGACCCAUACCAACAUGCCCGUGUUUCGACUCUCGGUGCUUCCCUUUUUUAUUUGCUAAAAUAUUUUGUCGAGAGGGAAGGGGUAGUGUGGCUGUUGUUGUACAGCGUCCACUCCAGAUGGCGCUGGGGAGGAGAGAAACUUCAUCCUUGUCUGUGCAUUAGUGCUAUUUUGUCUGCGUCGGUGCAGCACCGAGCACCCCCCCCCCCUUGUGUAUGGGGGUAGUCUUUUUAUUCCGUGUUUUCUUUUUUUCUUUUUUGUUAUUGCAUGAUGUAUUUGCAGUGUUCAUUUCCUUGUGCAUUGCUUUGGAUGCUUUGUAAAAUAGACUCUUUGAAAGCGGGGAAAAAGCGAGCCUUUCAUCUCAACUCUCGUCACUACACGCAAAAAAUUUUUGGGGCGAGGCCCUUCAAAGCGAAACGUGUCUCGCCAUGUCUCCCUCCAUCAUUUUCGCCACCGACACACGCAAAAAAAAAAAGAGGAAAAACGAAAAAACGAGGCUCGAUGACACUCGCGUCGUUUAGCUUUCCUUUUCAUUGCGCGCUCAAUUUUUAAAUUUUUUUUUUUAAUUCGAUGCAUUACACCGAGAAACGAUUUCGUUUACAAAGUGACGCACGUUCCUGCGAUGACAGCAGUGCACCUCUUACUCUUUUGUUUAGAAUAUUUAAGAAAAUAAAAAUAAAAAGCCACUUGCCAAACCGCACGGAUGUACUCUACGUGCCGCAAUUUUCGUUCGGGCAUGCAUCUUUAGAAAGUGACGUCGUGUACCUCGGGCGGACGUGCGACGGACGUACUUGGGACGAUGUACGGAGGACGAUUGCACGUUGAAUUGCACAAGCGAAGCGCACGCCAACCUGUGUAUGCAAGUACAGCUUUUAAAAAAAAAUUUUCUGUUUUUGUGAGAGACGCGCGUAUGCCAGUUGUAUCUCGGAUACUGCAUUUUAACGUGCAUAGAAACCGUGUACAUCACGUGUGCUUCCGUACGCCCGACCUACCGUACGUUGCCCGGACUACGAGAGCGGAACGUUGAGCCUACGACCUUAGCUCUGCGAAAACAACGGACUAGAAAUUUUCACGAACGCCCCCCCACCCCCUACGCUAAUUGCACGCUUUAUGGGCGAACGGGUUGUAGUGAAGAGUGUCGCAGACAGCGUGCGAGUUACCGAUGUUCACAUCCACAGUGUUGUUUGCAAGGUGCUGCGGAGGCUAUUUUUUGCGAUCUUCCGGUACUUAAAGAAAAAGUAGUGGCUACGCAGGGCAAAGGGAAGGACACUUUGAAGUCUUUGAUGAAAACAAAGUCUCAGCUGUAUAAUAAAAUGUUGGAAAAUACG